AUGGCGGACACUACUGCACUGGGCAGACUGCGCGUCUUGUCCUCUACAGCCUCCAUACAUGUUUCGCCUCUGGUGCUGGGCGGCAUGUCACUUGGCAAUUCGUGGGCUGGCAUGGGGUCCAUGGACAAAGACUCGGCCUUCAAACUAUUAGACGCCUUCGUCAAAGCCGGUGGAAACUUCAUCGACACAGCCAACAACUACCAGAACGAGCAAUCCGAAACAUGGAUUGGAGAGUGGAUGGCCAGUCGCAAGAACCGGGACCAAAUGGUCAUUGCCACCAAGUAUACGACAGACUACAAGGGCCAUGAACUGGGCAUGGGAAAAGCAAGUAACCAUGUCGGAAACAGUCGUCGUUCCCUGCACAUGAGCGUUCGCGACAGUCUGGAGAAGCUGCAGACGGACUUCAUUGAUAUCCUCUAUCUGCACUGGUGGGACCACCUCACCUCCAUCGAGGAGGUGAUGGAUUCCCUGCACAUUCUGGUCGAACAAGGCAAAGUUCUCUACCUCGGCAUCUCCGACUCUCCAGCAUGGGUUGUCUCGGCGGCCAAUGUCUACGCGUGCGCACACGGCAAGACGCCGUUUUCCAUCUACCAGGGACGCUGGAACGUGAUGCUGCGUGAUUUUGAGCGGGACAUCAUCCCCAUGGCCCGGCAUUUCGGCAUGGCGCUUUGUCCGUGGGAUGUAUUGGGCGGUGGGAAGUUUCAAUCGCGCAAGGACAUCGAGGAACGCAAAGCCAAAGGCGAGCCGUUACGCAGCAUGUGGAGAGCGAGUGAACAGAAUGAGAAAGAAGUUGCAAUCUCUGAAGCACUUGCAGAAGUGGCGGCACAGCAUAAUGUGGACUCAGUCCAGGCUAUUGCGUUGGCCUAUGUGCUCGCCAAAGCCCCCCGUGUUUUUCCCCUGGUUGGCGGACGCAAGGUUGAGCAUUUGGAGAGCAAUAUUGCUGCUCUUAGCAUCAAACUUACCCCCGAGCAAAUCGAAUAUUUGGAAAGUGUUGUGCCAUUCGACAUUGGAUUUCCCAACACGAUGAUCGGUGCUAAUCCUCGAGUGACUGGGGAGUCCGGCAAUUCGUUUAUGAGUAAUUCUGCGAAUUUGGGAUUUGAUAUGCCGGAUUAUUCCUAUGCAUAG